CUCAGGUGUGACGGAGGAAAGGUCUCUCAGUGAUUGUACUGAAGGUAAAACUUAAAAACAGUCCAGCAGGUAUAAGGGUGCCAUUAGAUUUCUAGGUGUGAUAGAGACAUUUGAUUGUAGGUAUGUGAAAAGUUUAAACAGGGUGUUAGACACUUAACGUAAGCAGGGAAAUAUUGAAUAUGAGCCGCUCUGAAAUGUGGACACAAUUCAGCUAAGCAGCAGGUGUGUUUAUACGAGGUACAAAGAAGGAUUUCAUUAGUUUGCAUCUGCAGAUAAAGAUGGCAACUGCAAGCAAUGAGUUUAAGCUCACUGGUCCAAGUGGUACAGAGUGGUAUAAUCGCUCUGCUGUCACUCUCUCAUGUCGUCUGUCUCCUGAAAUCAGUGCUGUUAACAUGGAGAUCCGGUGGUUUCAGGAGACAGACUGUGUUUGUGUUUAUAAGAACAGAGAGGUGACAGAGGGGAGAGGUUAUGAGGGCAAAGUGAGUUUGUUCACUCAAGAGCUGGGGAAGGGAAACGUCUCCUUACAGCUGAGAGACUGUACACCGUUAGAUGUGGGACAUUACCUGUGUCAGGUCACUGAUGGAGACAGCACAGGCGAGAUGACAGUAACGAUGAAACUUCUCACAGAGGGGCUAACGAUACAGCAGUCCUCAAGGGAGGAGUCUGGAGCUCCUCAAAGGACAGACAAGACAGACGUCUGGGUUCAUCAGAGGGAUAGAAAAUGGACAGAAGAUGAGAGAAUAGAAAUGGAGAAAUCUGUUCUACUGACUGAAUACAAAAUACAUGAGAAAAAUGAUUUUGCUGGAUUUAAAAAGAAGAUCAGAAACCUUGAAAAAACUGAAGAAGAGCUAAAAGACACUAAACUGGAACUGGACAGCAUGUCUAAAUCACUGGAACAUAAAGAACAGCAGUUAGAAGAUUAUAAACGACAAAUAGAGAAUAAAGAUACAGAACUGAGAAAAAGAGAGAAAAUCAUGGAGGAAAAAGACACAGUGUUCAAAGACACUAAUAUAAAAUUAGAGAAGAAGACUAAAGAGCUACAGCAGAGAGAAAGAGCUCUACAGGAGAGAGAUCAACAUCUGAAACUAAAAGAAACACAAAUACAGGAGGCACAAGUACAAAUGAAGGAAAUGGAGAAUCUGUACAAACUGCUGAGUGAGAAAGAAACACAGCUUAAGAGCACAAAUAUAGAGCUGGAAACCAGUAAAAAUAAACUGGAGACACUGGGACAGGAGCUGCAGGACAAGAAGAAUCAACUACAGGAAAUGAUGAUCGGACUGAAGCAACAGAAGACACAGUUAGCAGAAAAAAACAAAGAGCUUGAAGAGACAGAGAGUCUCCUAACUGAGAGAGAGACACAGCUAAUGGAAAGAGACAAACAGCUUCAGGAGAAAGACAGACUUCUGGAGGAGAAAACAAAGCAGCUGCAGGAACAAACAGAUCCAGAAUCAUCAGCCCCCAUCAGGAGAAGAAACAGCAAAGAAUGGUUACUUCCAACAUUGGGUGGAGAAUCGUCUAGUCCUCAUUCUUCAGUGUUGGUUUCUGUAGCAGAACUGAGGCUGGUGCUGCUGGGGAGGACGGGAUCUGGAAAGAGUGCAACAGGAAACACCAUCCUGGGCAGAAAGGAGAAGAACCAGGCUGCUACAUCUACAGCUACAUCUACAGUCACCCAGCAGAGUGAGAGCACACAGGGGGAGGUGUCUGGGAGGAAGGUGACUGUGGUGGACACUCCUGACUGGUUCUCUUCUGAACUCUCUCUGGAGAAGCUGAGACAGGACAUGGGAAUCUGUGUCCAUCUGUCUGCUCCAGGACCCCACGCCUUCCUCCUGGUCAUACCUGUAAUGCAGCAUACAGGAGAGGAGAGAGGGAUGCUGGAGAAAAUGGAGGAGAUCUUUGGAGAGAGAUGUUGGAGAAACACCAUGAUCAUAUUCAGUGUUACAGAUGAACUUCAGAAGAAGAACAUUGAGGAGUUUAUCCAAUCAGGAGACCAGGAGGUCCAGAGACUUGUAGAGAAAUGUGGGAACAGGUUUCACUGUCUCAACAUUAAGGAGAGUGGAGAUGGUUCUCAGGUCUCAGAACUGCUGGAGAAGAUAGAGAAGAUGGUGGAAGGAAGCAGAGAGAAAUUUUACAGCAGUGAGAUCUACCUGGAGACAGAAUCUCAGAUUAGAGCCAUAAAGGCAAAAAUACUAAAGGAAAGAGAAGAGAAAAGGACGAGAGAGGAGAUAAAAUUGAAGGAACAAAUUGAAAAGGUGGGACAGGACUCUCUGAGAAAGAUAAAGGGAGAGAUUCAGGAGCAUGAAGGAGACAUCAGACAACUUGAUGACCGAACAACUGAACUGGAGAGAAAGAUGAAAGAAGAGAGGGAUGAAGAGAAAAAGAGAGAACUGAAUCUGGAACUGAAACGAGAGGCUGAGCGACGGACAGAAAUGGAAGAAAAGGUGAAGAAACUAAAAGAAAAGAGAGAGAGGGAGAGGAGACAGAUGGGGGAGAGACAUAAACAAAAGAUGGAGGAGAUCAGAGAGGAAUAUGAAGGAGAGGCCAUGAUGGAGGCAGAGCGAAAGCUCAUGAAGAUCAUCCUGCCUGAACUCCGGAGAAACAUUUUAGUCUCAAAAACACAGAUGCAGGAAGAUUUCAGCAGACAGAUGGAGGAGAGGGACAGAGAGCUGGAGACUCUUCACCACAGACUUUUCGAGGUCACAGAACAUCUCAGUCUGCUGAAAGAAGCAUAUAAUAUAACGGUGUUGAGCGUAACAAACCCAGAACAAGAGUAUAUUUAGUGAAUAAUAAGAAGAAUGGGGUUCCUGCCAGACUGAGAGGGUCAGGGAGGACAUUUACACUUUACUGGAAAGCCGAUGGUUCAUUUUAAUGGUUUGAUGAUACGCUGGUUUGACACAUUGAUGAGGAUGUUGAAUACUUCAUUCUGAUUGGUGUAAAUGGAUAUAAACUAAGAUACAUCAUUAUUUAAUGAAAAAAUGUUUAAACAUUCAAAACAAUGUGUUGCAGAUUGCUGUGGUAUUUGGGUAUGAGAGAAAUAAAUCACUUUAAAUUGUGCUGUUACAUGAAAACACUCUGGAAUCAGUGACUCUCUUGUUGAUUGUUUUUUAUAUAACAGCACACCCCAAGUGUUUUAUCCUUACUUCUAGAAUUGACCUUCCCAAAAACACGAAACUGUACUAUAUCAUUUUACAUUUGGAGUUUGAAGGGGUUGAUGUUUUGUGAAAGGUCAGAGUUCACUACACUUCACUGCAUAAUCUGUGUAAUAAAUUCAUUGCAUUUCUAUAAUAUAUAAUAGAAUAUAUUCUAUUCGAUAUUCAUUCACUUCGAUAAUCAUCCUGCCUGAACUUCAAAGAAACAUUUUGGCCUCAACCCCAAAGAUGCAGGAAGAGCAGAACAGAUGGACGGGAACACAGAGAGCUAAGGAUUCUUAAACAGAAGCAUUCAGAUCUCACAGAAUAUCUCAGACUGAGAGAAGAAGUCUACAGGACAACAGUGAUGAGUUUAACGGAUCAGAACCAGCAGCAGGUUUAAGCUGAGUUUACACUGCAUGACUUUGGGCUCAGUUUUGCUGUUGCAGGGAAAAAUCACACAUUGGGACAGAAUUCUUUUAUCAUGACUUGAGAUCAGUGUUCUUAUAUUUCCUAAUGCAACAUGCUCACCAGAGGACGGUUUUUGUGACAUUUGUAAAGAAAGACAGUUGUAAAGUUCAGGCAUUGUGAGAAAUUUUCUUUUAAAAUGUCAGAGUGUGAGUGCUGCUAUGAUACUCAUCUAAAACUUACAUGAGGAGGGUUUUGGAUUAUACCAAAUGUCACAUCAUGCAAACUGGUACUGUGAUUGCAGAACUUUUUUUAAAAGCAAAGGCACAAUGAAAACAUUUUUAGUGUUUAGAUAACGAUAAACUGAUAAGCUUUUGUGUAGAGAAUUUUAUAACACUAAACUUUAUGAUAGAAGACAGUACAAAAAGCACUUUGCCUAUGUUUGAGGUAAAGAUGUUUUUUUUAAGUUUUCCAUGUUAGGGAAAGUCUUGAGUUCAGAAGGUUUCCCUGUGAAGUGACUGCAGUAUUUUCUUUUUAUUAGCUUCAAGACAGAGAAAGCAGAGAGACUGAUGAAGGAACCACAUACCUAUAAUUGUAAUAAGUAAUAAGAAGAAAUAAAUUGUUUCUCAGACUUUUUACAGCAUUACAUGUUAAACUAAAUGGGGAAAGUAAUGUGUGUCAUUCUUUAAUCAAUAAACAAUUUUUAUAAUAGUAAAAAAAGAAUGAAAACAUUAACCAGAUCAUUAAUAAUUUUCCUAUGGUGUAUGAGUGACACAUUUCCACAUACUCUAUAUGUGUAAUGUAUUAUUAAUGAAAGUUCUAUGGAAUGUUUUGUAUUUGGAAAUGUACAGAAUAAUUGUAAUAAAUGCCUC